AUGUACGAUCCACAGAGCGUGACGAUGGGUGAAAUAAUAGCGAAGCUACCAGGAAUGCAUAAGACUAAUACGAUGGAGGAAUUCCUCGUAGUAGAAGAUUUUUUUGCCAAUAGCUUGAUAAACAUGAGAGAAUUCUUUGCUAUAAGCAACGGAAGGCUCAUUGCUCCGAUCGCGGUGCAAACUUUGGGGCGUAUGAGUUUGUCGCAACAGAAUGAGUGCAUAUUUAUGGUGAAGGACAUAUUGGACCAUGUCAACUCCUUACAGUCGUUAAUAAGUACUUUUAAUGGCAAUUUAGCCACUAAGUACGACAAAAUUAAGUCACAUCUUCGGUUAUCUAUCUUGCUAAAUGUCAAGAACUUUGGCAUACUCGAAAAUUGCAGGGCGAUGAUGCUGGCGCUCUUCGACAUGAAAAAAUUGUUCGAGGAGUUAAAUUUCCACAGUGUGCAUAACUUACUCGACGAAAUAAACGACAUGGUGUUUGAUUUCAAUAGUCAUAUAGAGAACUUCGCCGGUGAUGCUCCAGAUGCGAAGAACACUAACAUAUCUAAUGGUACAAACAUCAACUACACGACAUUAAUGAAAUACAUAUACCAGAUCGAGUCUACAUUAAGUAAACUGUCUUCAUUUAUAAAUAACGAAUGUGCAUAUUUCCAGAGUAUUAUAAACGAAGUAAAGAUUGGAUUUUACGACUUUUUCCAUCAAUUCACAAAGCUUACGCAUGACAAUUACGACGACAAUACCGUGUUUCGCUACGAAAUACUACUGUUUGAUGACCACUUAAAGACCCAGUAUAUAACGUGCCUGGAGGAUUAG